UGAAAUGGUUUCUCUUCCUUCGCCUGUUCACUGUGGCUUGAUACACUGCUCAAAGACUGUUCAAGAUGACUCUUGAAGGCGAUCCCUCUGCAGGCUUUUUGCGCGAUGUUUUGCAGAGCGUUACCGACCAUCCUCGAGCCGUUAUCGCUACCGCGGUUCUUGGGCUAGUGGUUCUCUUCGUAGCUGACACGUUGCGCACAUGGUACCGGCUAUCACAUGUUCCCGGUCCAUUCUGGGCGGGGUUCUCCAAAGCUUGGAUGGUGAGACAAUCCUUCAAAGGGAUUCAACCUUAUGCGAUUCAACAAGCCAAUGAGAAAUACGGAUCUCUCGUGCGCAUUGGGCCCAAUGAGCUAGCAACUGAUGAUCCCAAGCUGCUCAAGCGGAUGAUGUCAAGUCGCUCUGCUUAUACAAGAGGACCUUGGUACAAUGCUCUUCGUUUCGAGCCUGGAAAAGAUAACCUUUUCUCCAUGAGAGAUGAUGACGCCCAUGCAAAGCUGCGCAACAAGAUGGCCGCUGGCUACUCCGGCAAAGAAAACGAGUCCCUCGAGCGCACCAUUGACGAACACAUUGCCAAACUCAUCAACCUCCUGGAAACAAAGUAUCUCUCAACAGACAAAGACUACCGCCCAGUGGACUUUGCUCAAAAGAUCCAGUUCUUCACUCUAGAUGUCAUCAGCGAUCUUGCAUUUGGUCAAGCAUUUGGGUACAUGGAGCAAGAUGAUGAUGUCUUUGACUUUAUCAAGAUCACAAAGUCUUACUUCCCUGUCACGUUGAUCAUGGCAAAUAUCCCAUCGCUCGUGUCUCUGCUGCACUCAAAGCUAUUUAGUGGCGCGUUGCCGAAGGAGAGUGAUAAGCUUGGCUUUGGGGCUUUCAUCGGCGUUGCCAACAAGAAGGUCGCAGAACGAUUUGCGCCAGGUGCUCAAUCUCAUCCAGACAUGCUGGGAUCUUUCAUCCGUCACGGUCUAACCCAGGAACAAGCUUCGCGAGAGUCCCUUCUCAACGUUGUCGCUGGAAGUGAUACCUCAGCAACUACAAUCCGCCUCAUCAUGCUCAGUCUCCUAAGCAAUCCCAUCAUGUACCUCAAACUUCGAAACGAAAUCGACGACGCAAUCAAGGCCGGAAGUAUCUCAUCACCCAUCACCGACGCCGAAGCGAGAAAGCUUCCUUAUCUUCAAGCUGUUAUCCAAGAAGGUCUUCGCAUUAAAGCCCCUGCAGCUGGCCCACUGUUCAAGCAAGUUCCACCUCAGGGCGAUGAGAUCGAUGGCAAGUUCAUACCAGGUGGAACACAGAUCGGACAAUCGCCAUUUGCUGUUUAUCACUCCAAAGAGAUCUUCGGUCAAGACGCGAGUCUCUUUUCGCCUGAGCGAUGGAUUAAUGCGGACCCAGCGAAGUAUGAGGCCAUGGCUGAGGUUGUGAGUCUGGUUUUCUCCACUGGAAAGUAUCAGUGCCUGGGUAAACCUGUUGCGUUUAUUGAGUUGAACAAGAUCUUUGUCGAGCUGUUGCGACGCUUUGACUUUUGUAUGGCUCGCCCUGAGAGACCACUUCAUAUAAUGAAUGCUGGAAUUUGGCUAAUUGAAGAUUUCCCCGUCCGCGUUACACGACGCGAGAUCUAAGGACAGGAAUCCACGUAUCAGUAAUUAAUAUGGACCUACUCAUUUUUCGGAAACCAAAAGAUCCAACGAAAAAUACCAGGAGAGCAAAGUUAAAGUAGUUUGCGGGUUUCUGGUGAAUAAUGCCGAUAUGAUAAUCAAGUUAUUUACCCUGAAGACCAAGUCUAUUUUCAGCGUCA